AUGGCCUACUAUACAUGGUACCGAGGUGUUCAGUGUGAGGUGAACAUGGACGACUGUGCUCCCAAGCCUGGCUCCUGGGGGCCUCGCUGUCUGAACGGGGGCCAGUGUAUGGAUGGGGUGGGCCGCUACACCUGCUCCUGCCCCCCUGGCUUCGCUGGGGAGCACUGUGAGGGGGACGUCAAUGAGUGUCUCUCUGGACCCUGUCACUCUCCUGGCAGCCUGGACUGUGUGCAGCUGGUCAACGACUACCAGUGCCGCUGUCGCCUAGGCUACACAGGACGCCUCUGUGAGUCCAUGGUGGAUCUGUGCCAGUCUAAGCCGUGCCAUAACAGUGGCACCUGUUCCAUGAACAUGAGCUCAGUGCAUGGAUACUCAUGCACCUGUCAACCAAGUUUCACUGGCUUCAACUGUGGAGAGGUAGAGGGCUACAACUGUGCCCAGCUGCGUUGUCAGAACGGUGGGCACUGCCAGGAUUCUCAGGGUGGUCAUCUGCACUGCCGUUGCCAGCCAGGCUUCAGUGGGUCGCGCUGCGAGACCGUCCACAGCUGCCAGAACCGGCCCUGUUUGAAUGGAGGCACCUGUAUGAAGGACCCACACAACCCAUACCAGUACAGCUGUCGCUGCCCAGCCCACUUCUCAGGCAGGCACUGUGAGAAUGUCAUCUUCGACCAGUCCCCCCGCACCCCCUCCUGCCCUUAUGUAGAGUGUGAGCAGCGGUCCGGGGAUAAGGUGUGUGACCCGCAGUGYAACAACCAUGAGUGCCAGUGGGACGGAGGGGACUGUUCUCUACAUUGGCGCCGGCCAUGGGUCAACUGCACCGCCUCCGUGCCCUGCUGGGAGCUGUUCCGCAACGGCCGCUGUGACCACGAGUGUGACAACUCUGGCUGCCUCUUCGACAGCUUUGAGUGUCAAGAGAGCACAAAGUCCUACUGCAAGUAUGAUGACUACUGUGCGGACCACUAUGCCAACAAGAUCUGUGACAAGAGCUGUAACACAGAGGCAUGUGGCUGGGACGGCCUGGACUGCUCUGAGGACACCCCUGCUAAGGUGGUUGACGGCACGCUGGUGAUCGUAGUGUUACUGCAGCCUGAGGAGCUGCUGGGAGACGUGAGAGGCUUCCUGCGCUCCCUGGGAACCCUGCUGCACACCAACCUCCGUGUCAAGAUGGACGCCCAGCAGAAACUCAUGGUGUAUCCUUACUAUGGCCUGGAGCACGACAACGCCAUUGAAGGACAGUCUGCUACAAUGAAACGUAGAGGCAAACGGGAGCUGGACAAGGAGGUUAUCGGGUCUAAGGUUUACCUGGAGAUCGAUAACCGAGAGUGUGCUGAGAGCUCCAUGGACUGUUUCUCCAGCACAGAGCUGGCUGCAUCUUUCAUAGCUGCAGAGUACCUGAAGUCUGCGCUGCCCUACCCUGUGGUCUCUGUCGACAGUGACCAUAUGGACCCCCAGAAGCCCCCCUUCAUGCUGUACCUGGCUGUGGGAGCAGCUGUCAUCAUCCUGCUCAUCCUGGUGCUGGGUGUGCUGGCCGCCAAGAGGAAACGCAAACACGGCAUCCUCUGGCUCCCCGAUGGCUUCCUGGCCAAGAAAGACGACAAGAGGAGAGAGCCCCUGGGCCAGGACGACUUCGGCAUGAAGAACUUCAAGACCCAGGAUGGAGGGAUGAUGGACGGAGGCCAGAGAUGGAUGGAAGAGGAGGCUCCGCCCAAGAAACCAAGGACUGAGGACAAGCCCCUGCUGCCACUGGGUGUGGAUGGAGGAGUGGACCGACGGGAGUGGACUUUACAACACCACAAGGCUGCUGACAUCUCUCUCACUCCACCACAGGCUGAUCUGGAAGCAGACUGCCUUGAUGUCAAUGUCAAAGGACCAGAUGGCUUUACCCCCCUGAUGCUGGCUUCUCUACGAAACGGAGGGGCGUCUGAUUGCGGCCUGCAGGCAGAGGAGGAAGAGGAGAGUGGGGGAGAUGAGCCGGGACCCAACGUCAUCUCAGACCUCAUCACCCAGGGUGCAACACUCAUAGCCCAGACAGAUCGCACCGGUGAGACGGCACUCCACCUGGCUGCUCGCUACGCCCGGGCCGAUGCUGCCAAAAGGCUGCUGGAUGCUGGGGCAGAUGCCAAUGCUCACGACAACAUGGGUCGCACACCUCUCCACGCUGCUGUGGCAGCCGAUGCCCAGGGAGUGUUCCAGAUCCUGAUCCGUAACCGGGCCACCGAGUUGGAUGCCAGGAUGAACGAUGGCACCACACCUCUGAUCCUGGCUGCCAGGCUGGCUGUGGAGGGCAUGGUGGAGGAACUGGUCCACUGCCACGCGGACAUCAAUGCUGUCGACAACCACGGUAAGUCUGCCCUGCACUGGGCAGCUGCUGUGAACAAUGUGGAGGCCACCCUAGUGCUGCUGAAGAAUGGAGCCAACAGAGACAUGCAGGACAACAAGGAGGAGACCCCAUUGUUCCUGGCAGCCAGAGAGGGUAGUUUUGAGGCGGCCCAGGUUCUGCUGGACCACUACUCUAAUAGGGACAUCACAGACCACCUGGACCGGCUGCCCCGCGACACCGCACAGGAGCGCAUGCACCAUGACAUCGUACGUCUGCUUGACCAGUACAACCUGGUCCACAGCCCUCACAAUGGCCCCAACCACAUGGGCGGGGGACACUCUUCCUUGGUCUGUGGCGGCAAUGGCGCUGGCUACAUGGGCAUGCGCCCCGGACCCCAGGGCAAGAAGAGCAGGCGCGGUGGGGCAAAGGUUGGAGGGGUGGGUGGGGCUACAGCAAAAGAGCUGAAAGACAUGAAGGCCAAGCGGAGAAAGAAGCCAACGGGAGGAGAAGGGCCUGCAGUGGGAGGAGCCAGUGGCAACGGCACUAAAGCUGCAGGAGGGCUGUCGGAGAGCUCAGUCACCAUGUCCCCUGUCGACUCCCUGGAGUCUCCACACUCAUACAUAGGAGAUGCUGCCGGGGCCUCCAAAACGACCAACUCUCCUCUCCUGGGCAGCCCCUCCUCCAGGCCCCUGCUGCCCCCAGUCAGCCACAUGCUGAGCCAGCAGCAGAGCUGGGUGGGCCUGAAGCAUGGCUACGGUGGCCACAUGUUCAACCUCCUCCCCCAGCAGAUGGGCAGUGGCCACCCUAGCAUGUCCCAGCACCACGGCCAAGGCCUGCUCACCCCUAUGAAUGUCACCAUGAGCCGUGAGCAGCUGCCUCCCAUUGUUACCUUCCAAAUGAUGGCGCCGGGGGGCGGGCAGGCCCUGCUGAAGCAGCCCCAGCCUGGGCAGGUGCAGUCCCAGGGCCAAAACCAGGGCCAGCCCCAGGGCCAGCCCCAAUCUCAGCAGGGCCCUACUCACCUGCACUGCACCCAGGGCAUGUUGUACCAGAUGCCCAACAUGAGCCUCCAGCACAGCCUGUCUCACAGCCUCCCUCACCCUCACUCCCAUGGCCUGGCCCACGGCCACGGCAUGGUGCAGGAUGGCCAGUCACGCCAACAGCUCCCUCCCUAUCAGGCUAUGCAGAGCCCCGUGGAUAAGUACCCAACCCCUCCUUCUCAGCACAGCUACGCUACGGCUGGCUCGGAGAGCACCACCCCAGGGUAUCCGGCUCACCCGCCCAGUGAGCACCCUUACCUCACCCCCUCCCCUGAGUCCCCUGACCCCUGGUCCUCCUCCUCCCCCCACUCCAACUCAGACUGGUCUGACGUCACCACCAGCCCCACCCCCCUGGGGAACCCCCAUGCACUGCCGCCUCCCCGCCACACACAUAUUCCAGAGCAGCCGCAGUCCCAGCAGACACAACAGAACCCCCAGCAGCAUCAGCAUGGCAACAUGCAGGUGUUUGUAUAAAUGAGGACUCUCUUAAAGCGCCCAACUCUUAAAAAUGUUGUUGAUCUUUGUAGUUAAACUACAACACUUAAACUCUUAUCCGUCACUUCUUUCAUAAUUUGUUUUUGUCUUAUCGUCUCUCUGGUUACAGUAAUCACUUUUACACUUCAUUGUUACAUGCUUUUCUUCCAUUUUGCACUUAAAGAUAGAGUGUAUAGUCUGGUUUAAGCAUUGCUAACUAAAACCAAAAACUGUUUGAGUACCUUGGACAGUUUGAAAUUGACUGAUCAUCAGAAAUCAAAUAAGGAACCAGAGCCAAACAGUUAUCAUGUCAUGUAAGGAAAAUGGACUGUUCAAGAAGGCACCCAGACAGAAUCGACAUUGGAUAUUCUUCAUUUGGCUUAAUCGGCUUCUUUUUGUCAUCCCUUUUGGGCCGUUUCUUUUGGCAGAGCCUUAUUUUUGACAUUUUUGAAGGACAUAUUUGCUCAUUUAAUAUUUUAUCGUUUUCAUUCACUUUGUUUUAUGUAGACCUGCCAAUGACAUACUAAUGUUUCUUUGAAAAUGAACUCUACUUUGAUAUGAUGGGUCCGUUCACUUAUGUUAAGUUGUGUUCUUUAAGUAAAAACGUAGGAUUUGUAUUCUGGAAUGUUUCUUAGUAGGAUGUGGUGAGGCUAUUUUGAGGGGCUGUCGUCGUGUGGUUAGAAAGAUACACACAAGCUAAAAACAUAGAUACAUCUCUUCAAUGUUUGGUUCUAAGCUAAACUGUGGUGUAAAUAGUUGUCAUAUAAGUCACUGUAUUCUUUUUCAUUCUUGCUUCUGUUACAGUGUAGCCUCUGUACUCUCCCACACCCUGGGAGGGAUGUUAGUAAGUUGUGGCUGUGAUGUUUCUGUGUCAGGAGAAUCUGUGUUACUGAAGAGUUUAACAUUUAUGGUACGUUUAUGGAUACAAAAUAAUAUAUGGUGACUGAUGAAAUACCAGAUGAAAGAGAAAGGCAUAAUUGGAUGUUGCACUAUGUCUCUCUAUAGAUGGUCUUUCACCAUAGGGGUUUCACUAUAGUGUGUACAAUACGAUGAAUAUGCUUGACACCACCAAGCCAACCACCUUAGUAAGUCACCACUGUUAAAGAACAAGGUUUGACUAUGAUACCUGUUACUUUUAAAGCUGUUAUUACUAUUCUAUUUUACAUGAAUAUUGUUGUAUAUUAUCACUUCUCUCAACAGUUUGACUGGUUCUGAAGUUGUACUUUUUUUGUUUGAUAUGGCAGUUGCUUUUUUCCCCCAAAAUCAUUUAAUCACCUUUUUGCUUAAUUACAAUCAGUGUAUUGGUGCACCUUCUUUAAUUGUUUUGUGAUUCAUAAGCCAAGUCUGAAUAUGUUUAAGAUAUUUGUUUUGUAAUGAGUAUUUUUGUUUUCGUAAUGUUUCUCAUAUGAGCACAGCCUUAUGUGACCACUCUGUGACUACAGACAAUCAUUGAUUGUUUCUAUUUUGCACCGUUAAAUGGAACAUCAAUGUCUCCAAGACCAAAUUUACUUGUUAGCCAAAAACUCAUUGCAAUUCAUUGUAGAUCCACAACAUUGUUCACAGUUUAAAGUGUUGAUUGGAAAUGUUGCAUUUGGACGUAUUGUCUAAUCGAAGUAGAUUAUUGCCACAAUGUAUUCUAGAUUCAUGUAUUUUGACAGAGCAAGAUCCAAAUACACACACUCACACCUGACAAGGUGAUUUGCAGUCAAUCAUUAUAAGUCUGUUAUGAUAAGGUAUAUUGUUUUGUGAAAAGUGCCUCUAUGAGCAAACCACAAACCAAAGUCAUUUCCCGUUCCCCAUCUCUGGCACUUAAUAUCCUCCACUACAAAUGACUUCCAAUGUGCUAUCUCUGGGUCCAGGCCUUUUGGCUCAUUGGACCAUCAAUCCACGUGAUCAAAUCAGCAGAGCUCAUGGAGAAUGGUAUUUACACGUAAAUGCCUCAUUAUUCAAGGCUAUUUUUUACAUGCUGUAUAUAAACUAUUUUUGUAUGUUUAUUGUUCUUUAUUUUUCUGUUAACCAUAUACAUGUUAUAUGAAUGAAGUAGUUUCCCCUCAUGUUUGUAUAAUGUAGAAGGUACCUGUUUAUAAAGAACAAAACCUAUCUAAUUGAAAUAAACCAAACAAAUGAUCAAGUGCAUAUUAUAUACAUAAAUAAAGUCCGACUUUUCAGAUCCA